AUGGAAAUCAAUCCCACAGUCGCAUCAGAUGAUGAAACUGUAGAAGAAAUUAUUGUGGAACCCUUCUCUGCAGAAUCUCCUGAAAACAUGGUCUCUAAAGAAAAGGAAGCUGUAAAAGUCACUUCCACAGACAGUUCAUCUAUCAAUCCCAAGAGUGACCUUAACAAAACAGAGUCAACUGGAUCUGUUCCCCCUAAAAAAAGUGGUCACGUAGAAACAGAAGGCCAAAGAGAAAGAAUGUCAUUGAUUUUCAGGUAUUCAAAGAUGUCGAACAAUGGAGAAGAAUUUUUCAACACAUUUUACAACGCAUUUACUUCCGAAUCGUCAGAAAGAAGAUCUGAGAUGAGAGAAGUUUCAAAAGAGAUAUCAGAAAAUUUGAAGUUUGAAAAUAUGUAUGGUAGUCAACAAAAACCACCGAAAUUGAUGAAAGUCGAAGAUUACAAUUGGUGGAAGAAUAGGUUUGAAGGUUGGGUGAAAGCUUUUGCACCGGAAAGUUGGUUAAAGUUAGUGACUGAAUACAAAGCACCAGAGAAAACAGAUGGAGGGGCUAUCGAAGAGAAAGAUUUUACAGAAUUAGAUGUGAAGCAUGUUGUGGCUGAAUACAGAAUGAUAACAUUGAUCAAACAAUCAGUUAGAGAAGAUAUCAUUUCAUUGCUUGAAAACAAGAAAACGUCAAAGAAAUUAUGGGAAGCUUUGGAGAGAAAAUGCAUUGGGAGUAAUGAGAUUGUUAAAAACAAGAAAAAUAUGCUUGAAAGGUUUGGACAUUUGAAGAUGGAGUUGACAAGGCAUGGAAUUAGUUAUGAUGAAGAUCUGAUGGUAGAUAAGUUGUUUGAUUCGUUACCAAAUGAUCAGGAAUGGCUUGAAAGCCAUGAGUUAGAAUUGAAGAGAUCGAAAGUCAACAUUCCAUCGCAUCAGCAGAAUGUGGAACUUUACUACAGAAGUCGUAUACCACAAGCUGGGUCUCCAAAAACAGCUUUUUCUGCUGAAAGCUCGAAUUCAGUGAACAAAGAAAGUCUUCACAGUGGUUAUCACAUUGGUUCUACGUCUUCUUCAAAUCAGUCUGAUGCGAAUUUUUCGUGCAAUAUCGCGAUAGAUUUGAAGAAUGGACAAAAUCUUAAUGAUGAGACGGCUAAGCAACAGAUGGUCUUUUUGGCGUCAGUAUUGGAAUCAUAUGAAGGUCUUGUUGCAGGUCACUUCAAACGCGAGUGCCGUAAUUCAUAUGUUGCUGAUGACUCUGAGAAUCCUUUCACUGAAGAUUAUUACAAACGAGCAAUUUACCAUCAGAACAAGUCUGAGCCACCAAGAUUAAAGCAGCAGGAAGAGAAAUCAAGAGCUCUUGCGGUCAUUUAUGAUGAUGAAGGAUAUGACUGGAGCAAAGAAGUUCUUCCGGAAAAAGAUGCUGUUGGGUAUGCAUUUGUUGCGAAUGAUGAGCAUGAUAAAUGGUGGAGAAGAGACAGAGCAAGAUGGGAGAUUGGCAAGUUGUAUGCUCCGUUUCAAGAAGCACAGAGAGCUGAGAGGUGGAGUGAAGAGUUGGAAUGUUAUUUGGAUCCGUAUGGUAAUCCGGUGGUUGAUCCAGCGAAAGUUGAUUUUGACGCGGUAACUAAUGCGUUUCCAAGUGAAGGUGUUUACAACACAAAAAGGCUCUCUGACAAAAACUAUUUGGUGGAAUUCAUGAAAGAAUUGAAAGAGAUUUUUGAGAUUGAUGCUGAAGAAAAGACUGAAAAGAUACAGAAGACAGAGGCAGCCGAUGUGUCGUCAAUCACUGAGGAAAGAUUCAGAUUACGUUCCCGAAGAGCUGAGGUUAAGGGAGAGUCUGAAGAUAAGAUAGUUGAAGAAGAAAGUGAUGAUGAUACUGAAUAUUAUGCCAGACAAAUGGAAAAACAUCUGAAGAUGAUGGCAGAAAGCGACAGCGAAGAUGAGAAGGCAAAGAAGAAAAAGAAAAAGGUAAAGACACCGGUUAGCGGCGAUGAUGAGACAGUACCGGUAGUGAGAAGAAAAGUGAAAGAAAUUCCAAAAUUAAAAGAAUCAUAUGAGGUGUUGAAUAAGGCAAUGAAUAUGUACAACGACACAAGUGAAGAACAGGCUACAGCAAUGAAAACACUCCAUGGAGCGAUUUAUCCGACAGCUGAAAGCUUAAAGGCAUUUGAGGACAAUGACGUAACUGAAGAAAAGAAAGUCUCAGAAAAAAAGAUUGAAGAAAAGACUCCAAUGAAAAAGACCAAAAAGAAGAAAGGCACUGUAGAGACGACAUCUGAAAUUGUUGAACAUGAUGCUAUGCUGUGGCACCAUCGGUUGGGUCACCUUAACACGAAAAAUUUGAAUCGAUUAGCAAAAGGAGGUCUCGUCAGGAACUUGCCAAUCAAGGAUUUCAUGCAAAUAGAGAAAUGUGACGCAUGUGCUCGAGGAAAGCAGCAUCGUCGGCCUCAUAAGUCCAAACCUGUUCACACCACUUCAAAGGUCUUGGAACUGCUGCAUAUGGAUUUGUUUGGUCCGGUCAAUAAAAGCGAGACUGCUGGUUUAAUUAAGAAAUUUGUAAUACUCAUGGAGAAUCAGUCAAAUGAACGUGUAAAGAUUAUCCACUGUGACAAUGGGACAAUAUUCAAGAAUGCCGAGCUGAACGAAUUUUGUGCCCUCAAAGGAAUCGACUGUCAAUACAAUACAGCAAGAUCCCCUCAACAGAAUGCGGUUGCAGAAAGACGCAAUCAUACUCUUAUCGAAGCUGCUCGCACGAUGCUGAUAGAUUCGGGUCUUCCACUAAUAUUCUGGGUAGAAGCAGUGAACACGGCUUGCUAA